GGGGGCGGGAAUCCGCGCGUUUCCGCCGUGCAGCCCAUAUGUCUUGUUUAUGACAGAUUGAAGGAGGAUACAGUCUAAAGCCUCCCUGCAGGUAUCUUAAUCAUGAAGCAGCUCCCUUCAGAUACUGUGCGGCUGCUGUCCAGCUCCCAGGUCAUCACGUCUGUGCUGAACGUUGUGAAAGAACUGAUGGAAAACUCUCUGGAUGCUGGCGCUUCAAGCAUUGAUAUUAAACUGGAGAACUACGGUUUGGACCGAGUAGAAGUGCGUGAUAAUGGCUGUGGAGUCGAAGCUGCAGAUACUCCUGUGAUGGCUGUGAGACAUUUCACCUCAAAGAUCUGCAGCCACGAGGACCUGGAGCGACUGGAGACAUACGGCUUUAGAGGAGAGGCACUGGGCUCCAUCUGUGCCGUGGCUGAGGUCUCUGUCAUCACAAAGACAGAGGAGGACGACAUCAGCACGCAUUACACGCUUAACUACACGGGGGAGAUUGUGUCUAAAAAGCCCUCUCACUUGGGUCAAGGUACCACCGUGAGUGUCCUGAAGCUUUUCAAGAAUCUUCCAGUGAGACGUCAGUACUACUCCUCCACCAAGAAGUGUAAGGAGGAACUCAAGAAGGUGCAGGACCUGCUGAUGGCCUACGCCAUCAUAAAACCUGACCUGAGGUUCACACUUGUUCACAAUAAGGUGGUGGUUUGGCAGAAAGCCAAGGUGGCCGAUCACAGAACUGCCCUCAUUGCUACGCUGGGGUCCGGCACCGCUGCCAACCUGCUCCCUUGCCACCAUCACCAAGAGCAACCAGAGAUUCUUUUAGAGGGCUUUUUUCCAAAGGCUGGAGCGGACUGCUCCUCUACGAGCUCAUCAAACCCUGACAAAACAUUUAUAUACGUCAACAACCGGCCUGUCCACCAAAAAGAUGUCACAAAGCUGUUGCGUCAACACUACGCUGCUCAGUAUCCCGAUGACAUGGCAAGAAACCGCUAUCCCACCCUCAUGCUCAAAAUCACAGUUCCACCCUCCUCUGUCGACGUGAAUCUGACACCAGACAAGACCCAGGUUCUUCUUCAUGAAAAGGAGGCCGUGCUGACUGCACUGGAGGCAUUCCUGGUUUCUCUCUAUGGUUAUCGACCGAGCGGUGAGUCUCCAGCUGAGAAGCAGCGUGAACACGAGAAGUCUCCCUCACCCACCAGUCCUCUGCAGACUGAUGUUCCAAGACUGGACAAAGACCAAAGUGGCACCAAACUCAAUGGUCACAUACUCAAAGAUGCACCUAAACACAGUGACACAACAAUAAGGACUGAUGCUGCACUGCACUGCCAGGCCUCAAACAGCUCCUCAUCCUCUAUAGCAGAGGACUGGAUAGUAAACCAGAUCCCUGCUGAGCUUGAAGCUAACUUUACUCUGAAUGAUGAUCAGAGCUGCACUCAGACAAGUUUAGAAAGCAUGGACGUUCCUGAGAGACUUGAAGACAAUGCAGCAACAGUUUCAGACACAAGCAACAACCAGAUCUCAGCUGAGGACUGGAGCAGGGGUACAGCUUUUACAGACCCCACAUCAGGAGAACCUCUGCAGCCAGUUGAAGUCCAUCAACCCUUAGAGAACUCUGAAUCAAGUGAGGUCAGGGUCGAGAGCAGCUCAAACAAAAAGAUGUUCAAUGCCAUAACAGAAAAGCGGGCUGCUCUGACGGCUUACGACCUGAUCAGCAACCGCGCCAUGAGGGCACCGCUGUCUCCUGCUGCGCUGUUUGAGAAGGAGGUCAGAGUGGAGGUCCUGAGGGAGAAACCCUCAGCCAGCCUGCAGGAUAUCAGCGUCACUGUGCAGGAGAGGUGGAAAAAUCUGAGGGAGGAAGAACGUAAGAAGUAUGAAGACAAGGCUAAAAAACACCUGGAGCACCACGACCAGAGGACCAAGUUAGCCUCAGCUGAAGGCCCCAGAGAGACAAACAAGAUCUUCCCGAGGGGCCUCGCACAGGGCCAGAAACGCAAAGCUCCACUGUCCAACCAGCAGCUGCUGGACGAGCUCUUCUCCGCUCAGCCCCAGAAGAAGACGAAGAGUCCUGCGCCGAAGCCCUCGCAGCCCCUCCCCUGCAGUCUGGCUGCCCUUCGGCUGCAGCUUCAGCGCCUUUCAUCCCAGAGCGGCGCAGUGCCACGGGGCCUCCGUCUUGUAAACCGGCUGGCCUCUCAGAGCGCCUGGGUCAUUUUAUGUGGUCAGAGGCUCAUGUUGUUAAACCCAUUUCGAGUGGAGGAAGCUUUGCUGUUUAAGAGACUUCUAGAGAAUAAUAUACUUCCAGCAGUGAGUCUACAGAGCCCUAUACAGUUAACAGAUGGAAACCUGGGAGGAGCUGAAUAUACCAAGGCUUUGUGCAACAUGGAGAAAAACAAACCUGAUCUGAAUGGAGGGGCCCUCUUCUCUGAUCCCAGACUGGUGGCUAACGGGUUUAAAAUCAAACUCACUGCAGGCCUCACGUCAGCCGAGAGACAUCUGGAAGUGACAGCGAUGGCGGACUGCGUGCCUUUCCUCGGCGUGGAGGACCUCAGGGAAAUCCUGACUGCAGUUCUUCACAGGAAGGCCCAGACUGUGCAAGAGUGCCGGCCACUUAAAGUUACAAACUACCUACAAGGUGAAGCAGUGCGGCUUGCCCGUCAGUUACCUUUGAAUUUGUCCAGGGAAGAUGUGGAGGAAUCCCUCCACCGCAUGGAACAGCAGCUCGGUGAGGGAACUCAGACCUGCAUCCAUGGACGACCAUUUCUCCAUCACUUAUCUGACAUCCCAUCUACAGACCAGGAGGAUAAAGCUCUGCUCGGACCUUUAGAGCUCUGAGACACGUAAAAUGUCCCAGUGAUUUGAUUUCAUACUGCUCAGAGGAUUUUCAACUUUGAUCCAAUUUGUCCAUAUUUUGUUGAAGCAUGUCGCUCAUUAUGUGAACUCUGAGAUGUUCAUUUUUGUAGAUACAUUAUUAAUAUUUCAUGUACCUGCAGAAAAAUAUUAAAUACAGAAUCCUUAACAUAAA